AUGCCCACGACCAUCGCCUCCCCCAGGGCUCUGUUCCACGCCCUGGGCAUGUCAUCUUUCACAUUCAGCUUCUACCUUCUUACGACAUGGGAUUCGAAUUAUUCGCGUUCUUUUGGAUGGUACUUCCAGCUUCUGACUGUCGUCGGCCUUGCCUUGUCUCUAGUCACAUUUUCUCUUGGUCUCAUCGCAGAUCUAGCACCUGGCAGCAUCAUCUCCGAAGCAAAAGACGCAAUCGCAGUCCUUGCAACCCCUCUUGAGGUUCUGAUCGCCGUCUUAUAUUGGUCCAUCAGAAUGCAUGACCCCUCGUUACUUAUGCCGGAAGAUCUUAUAAUCGAUCCGUUACCUGACCUCGGCUUCCACCUUGUUCCAGCUGUUUUGCUGAUCUUGGAUUUUGUUCUGUGGAGUCCACGAGCGACCAUUACUACUCGAAGUAUGAUGUCUCUCAGUACAGUUCUUGCUGUUGUAUACUGGUGUUGGAUUGAAUUGUGUUUCUACAAAAAUGGCUGGUAUCCCUAUCCAAUGAUGGAUCAGCUUUCAGCCAUACAGCGUGUUGUUGUUUUUGUUGCAUCGGCUGGACUGCUGACUGCUUCAUCGUCCGCUCUUCAAUGUGUGCAUGGCAAGGUUCACGGAUCCACCAAGAUCAGAGCUGAAUGA